UGUGUGUGUGUGUGUAUUUUUUUUCUUUUUGGUGCUGGAGGUGGAGGGGGGGUGCUAGCAGGGCCAGCCCUGAACCCGCUGGACAGAACUACAGACACAUGGGGCCUGGCAGUGCCCGCUGAGAGAGGGAGAAGACAGCAGAGGGGUUGGCAAGGCACCCUCUAAACCCCAGAUCAUGUCUCUGUGGGGUCUGGUCUCCAAAAUGCCCCCAGAAAAACUGCAGCGGCUCUAUGUUGACUUCCCUCAACACCUGCGGCAUCUCCUGGGUGACUGGCUGGAGAACCAGCCCUGGGAAUUCCUUGUCGGCUCAGACGCCUUCUGCUGCAACAUGGCCAGCGCCCUACUUUCUGCCACUGUCCAGCGUCUUCAGGCCUCUGCUGGAGAACAGGGGGAGGGCAGCACCAUCUUGCAACACAUCAGCACCCUGGAGAGCAUAUAUCAGAGGGACCCCCUGAAGCUGGUGGCCACUUUCAGACACAUACUUCAAGGGGAAAAAAAAGCCAUUAUGGAACAGUUCCGCCACCUGCCAAUGCCCUUCCACUGGAAGCAAGAGGAACUCAAGUUUAACACAGUCCUGCGGAGGCUGCAGCACCGAGUGGGGGAAACCUGCCUUCUCCGCAAAGCCCUGCAGCCUGGGGCUGAGGGAGGCCAAGUGUCUUUGCACAGCCUGAUAGAAACUCCUGCCAAUGGGACCGGGCCAAGUGAGGCCCUCGCCACGUUCCUGCAGGAGACUGUCGGGGAGCUGGAGGCUGCCCAGGCCCUGGUGCUGAAGAGGAUACAGAUUUGGAAACGGCAGCAGCAGCUGGCAGGGAAUGGCGCACCCUUUGAGGAGAGCCUGGCUCCACUACAGGAGAGGUGUGAGAGCCUGGUGGACAUUUACUCCCAGCUGCAGCAGGAGGUGGGGGCGGCUGGUGGGGAGCUUGAGCCCAAGACCCGGGCAGCGCUGAUUAGCCGGCUGGAUGAAGUCCUGCGAACCCUCAUCACCAGCUCCUUCCUGGUGGAAAAGCAGCCCCCCCAGGUUCUGAAGACUCAGACCAAGUUCCAGGCCGGGGUUCGAUUCCUACUGGGCCUGCGGUUCCUGGCGGCCCCAGCCAAGCCUCUGAUGGUCAGGGCCGACAUGGUAACCGAGAAGCAGGCGAGGGAGCUGAGCAUGCCCCAGGGGCCCGGAGCUGGAGCAGAAAGCACUGGGGAAAUCAUUAACAACACCGUGCCCCUGGAGAACAGCCUUCCCGGGAAUUGCUGCUCUGCCCUGUUCAAGAACCUGCUUCUGAAGAAAAUCAAGCGGUGCGAACGGAAGGGCACAGAGUCUGUCACCGAGGAGAAGUGUGCCGUGCUCUUUUCCACCAGCUUCACGCUCAGCACCAACAAACUCCCUAUCCAGCUCCAGGCCCUGUCUCUGCCCCUGGUGGUCAUCGUCCACGGCAACCAAGACAACAACGCCAAAGCCACCAUUCUGUGGGACAACGCCUUCUCUGAGAUGGACCGAGUGCCCUUUGUGGUGGCUGAGCGGGUGCCCUGGGAGAAGAUGUGUGAAACUCUGAACCUCAAGUUCAUGGCUGAGGUGGGGACCAACAGGGGGUUACUCCCAGAGCACUUCCUCUUCCUGGCCCAGAAGAUCUUCACCGACAACAGCCUCAGCAUGGAGGCCUUCCAGCACCGUUCUGUGUCCUGGUCACAGUUCAACAAGGAGAUCCUGCUGGGUCGUGGCUUCACCUUUUGGCAGUGGUUUGAUGGCGUCCUGGACCUCACCAAACGCUGUCUCCGGAGCUACUGGUCAGAUCGGUUGAUCAUUGGCUUCAUCAGCAAACAGUACGUCACUAGCCUUCUUCUCAACGAGCCUGAUGGAACAUUCCUCCUUCGGUUCAGUGACUCAGAGAUUGGGGGCAUCACCAUUGCCCAUGUCAUCCGGGGCCAGGAUGGCUCCCCACAGAUAGAGAACAUCCAGCCAUUCUCUGCCAAAGACCUGUCCAUUCGCUCACUCGGUGACCGAAUCCGGGACCUUGCUCAGCUCAAAAACCUCUACCCUAAGAAACCCAAGGACGAGGCUUUCCGGAGCCACUACAAGCCUGAGCAGCUGGGUAAGGAUGGCAGGGGUUAUGUCCCAGCUACAAUCAAGAUGACUGUGGAAAGGGACCAGCCACUUACCACCCCUGAGCCCCAAAUGCUUACCAUGAUGCCCUCUUAUGAUAUUGGAAUGGUCCCUGACUGCUCCGUGAACAUGCAGCUCGGCCCAGAUAUGGUGCCCCAGGUGUACCCACCACGCUCUCACUCCAUCCCCUCAUAUCCAGCCCUUCCCCAGGAAGAAUCGGUCAAUGUGCUGCCAGCCUUCCAGGAACCUCAUCUGCAGAUGCCGCCCAGCCUGAGUCCGAUGAGCCUGCCCUUUGACCAACCUCACCCGCACAGGGGCCUGCUGCCGUGCCAGCCUCAGGAGCGUGCCGUGUCCAGCCCCGAGCCCCUGCUCUGCCCAGAUGUGACCAUGGCGGAAGAGAGCUGCCUCAGGCAGCCGGUGGGGGGGUUCCCUCAACGCACCUGGGUCCGCGAAGACAUGCUCCCGCCCUUGCUGCCUCCCACUGAACAGGACCUCACCAAGCUUCUCUUGGAGGGGCAAGGAGAGUCAGAGGGAGGGUCCUUGGGAGCCCAACCCCUCCUGCAGCCCUCCUGCUAUGGGCAGUCUGGGAUCUCAAUGUCCCACCUGGACCUAAGGGCUAACCCCACUUGGUGAUCCCAGCUGGAGGGGGAGCCCAGAGAGACAGCUCGCCUGCCCCCGUGGACCUGCUCUGAACACCUGCCUGUGCUCCUGCCAAGCAGCAGCUGGGCAGGGUGCCCUCCUAUCCCCACCUACUCCCUGGUCAGGAGGAAAAGACUUUGCCAGGAGAAUGUACAGUGGGUGCAACACAUC